AUGGAUUUCACGUAUUGUGAAUUCCCCAGCACCGUGUCCAUUGACACCUUCCAGGCCUAUUUCAAUCCCAAGGAUGUCAAACUGCCCAAAGUCAACAGUAAAUCAUUGAACCAAAUCCAAACCGAACCAACCAGCGAAUGCCAAGUAAAUGAAGCGAAAAGUCUGCGACAUCUUGUACUCGAUGCCAUCGUGAGCAAUUGGAGCGAGUUGCCGCUAUACCGUCGGCUGCGACGACGAGAGGACCGUAACUAUAUACUCAGUCAGCUUGAUACGCAGUUGCCGCUGCAGUUGCUCAGCUCUCACAUCCGGGAUGAUUUCUUCUGGAGACGCUGCUAUGAGUUGCGUUGGCGUUUGGCGCCCUUGCAGGCUCGGGGCAUGGAAAGGCGAUGGAUUAACAUUUACAUGGAGCGACAUGUGCAGGAGUUUAUUGAAAAUAUGCAAACCGGCGACUACGAACAGGAUGGCAAUGUGCAGACCGCCUUGGACAUCUGUGCGGCAUACAUAAAUCAAUUGGAGAUAAAUCUCCUUCAGCCCGCACCAUCCGACAGUGAGAGCAAUGAUCACAUUCCGCUUGAUUACCUGCUGAGCAAUCUGCCGGACUUACGGCGACUGCGGCUGAGCUACAGUACGAAGACGGCGGGCAUCAAUUACCAAAAAGGCUGCAAUCAGUUAACAACACGAGACAUUCUACUCUUGGCUAAGGGACUUAGCCAAUGUCAUGAGUUGCGUAAGUUUUGCCUACAUAAUACAAAACUCGCAGCAUAUCAGUUGAAAUUUUUGGCUCACAGCCUGGACAAGGGAUGUCACCACUUGAAGGAGUUAUCAUUGCUGCAUUGUGCCGUGGGAGAUGCUGGCAUACGCAGCUUUCUCGAGACUUGUGGCAAGGAGUCCUUCUCAACACUGACUGUGCUGGAUCUAACCAACAACAAAAUCACUGAGGAAGGCGCCUACACACUCAGUUGUACCUUGAGGCACGUGCCCCUGCAACGUCUUGUGCUGCGUUUGAAUCCCAUUCAAAGUGAUGGCGCCGCUGCCAUUUUUCAUACUCUGCAAGUGAUGCCGAUUCGGGAACUUAAUCUGGGCAGCUGUGGCAUCAGUGAAACCAUCACUAAGCUCUUCAUGAUGUUAAUAUGCCAGCACAAAACAUUGUACAACAUUGAUCUAUCCAAUAACUGUCUGGGCGAGGACUUUGGCAAGCAUCUGCUUAAGGUAAUUCAUUGCAAUAAGAUUCUGGAAGAAUUGGAUCUACGUAAUACGGGCCUUUCCCUAGGCAUGCGUCGCAAGUUUCGUGAGUUUCUUCUGAAGAAUGCGGAACGCAAGAGACACGAAGCCUUUAAGCAACAACAACGCAACAAAUUCAAGGCUAUAGUCAAGAUAUAA